AUGGAAUCCACUCACCUCCUGGACGGCUCCAAGAAACGGGUGAAGAUCCACCCUCACACCGUCACCGCCAAGUACGCCCCACACACACCCCACACACACACACACUUCCCCCAGCCCGGAGACGAGGGCUACGAUGACGCUCCCUCCUUCGAGGACUUCGGCUCCUUCCUGGAGGAGACCUCGGACAAGAAACAGCUGACAGGAACCCGGAAGUGGACAGGAAAGGCUGGCACUCUGUUUGGAGGGAAGGACAAAAAUAAAGACACACCCCCUAGACCUCCCAUGGGGGGAGGCGAGGGGGGGCAGCUAGCGAGUUUCAGUGAGGCGUCUGUCUCUGCGUCUCGGCUCACGUGGGCCAGUGUGGUCUUGGCGGGGCUGGCUCACGGCUGUGUGUGUGUUCUGACGCGCCUGGCCGCCUCACGCUUUAACCUCCCACCCUUAACUCUCCUCUUGGUACGAUCCAUCCUCCAGCUGCUCUAUGGGACUGUACCAAUGAAACGGGCGGAGACGGCCUUUGGCUCAAAGGGCUAUCGGCGGAAGCUGCUCCUGUACGGUCUGACUCACUCCUUCUCCCUCUGCUGCGCUUACUCGUCCUUAUCCUUCGUCUCCCUCGGGGACGACGAGGCCGUGUUGACAACCUGGCGCCUGGCGACCACCAUCCUGUCAGCCACUCUGGCGUUGUUGCUCCUGGACGAGCGGCUGGGAUUGGUGGACCUGGUCACCGUAGCGACAGGCGUGUUAGGACUGGGUCUGGCGCUAGUUCCUAACCCAACAGGGCUGGAACAGUCGGCCCAGUUCUGGCGGGAAGCGUUUGGUUGGUCCCUGUCUGUUCUAGCAGGACUAUGGAUGUCUCUGGCUCUAGUAAUGUACCGCUCUCUGAAGGAACGGGUCAGUGUCGGCACCGCUCUGUUCACUGUCAGUUGGACCGGCUGUCUGAGCACCGCAGUCUCCAUGCUUCUCCUCCAACAGGGGCCAGUGUGGCCGGCCAGUCUCCAGGCUUGGUGCGUCGUCCUGGGGGUAGCUGUGUGCUCUGCUGGGGGGUUCGUGGGGGUGACCCAUGGCCUCACCCGACUUCACCCAGCUUUGGUGUCUGGAACACAGGGUCUGGAAGUACCGGUCGCUAUGAUGCUGGAGAUUGCUGUUGUGCCAUUGGUUCCCUCAGUGUGUGAGGUCAUAGGGGGUGUGGUGGUGGUGGUGAGCGUGGGUUGGCUUGUUACAGUGAAGCUCCUCCCCUCUCGAGGAAGUGGGAGGAAACAGAGAGAAGAGUACGAAGAGAUCCUGGACUCGCCAAUUAAAUAACACGCACACACACACACACACACACACACACACAAAAGCACAUGCAAGGAGAAAUGCACGCACAAAAAUUCUGGACUUGCCAAUCAAAUAGACCACUCCCCGUCUAUCUAUGUUUCUGUCUCUCUCUCUCUCUGUCUCUCUCUCGCUCUCUCUCUCUGAGGUCAGUAUGUAUAUAAGAGGACUCUAUGGUGAAUGUUAAUGCUUGAGCUAAAAUAGCUGUCUUUAACCACAGAUCUAGAAUCAGAUACACCAACUCCAAUCCUUACCUUAACCAUUAGGAGGUGUCAAAAUAUCUGACCCUGUAUCAGUGGUUAGGGAAAACAUCUACCUACUCCAAUGUGAAUAGUAAA